AGGCGGCCCAACGGCGGCGAGGGGAUGGCGGCGGCCGCCGAUGCGCUGGGCCUCUCGGUGAAGCCGCCGUGGCAGGCGGAGGCCGUCGCCGAGGACGGGGCCGAGGCGGGCGGCAGGCGCGUCACCGACAAGACGGUGGUCCAGAAGAUCGACGGGGGCCGGCUGCACCCCUCGAUGAUAAAGAUCCCGGCCGUGCCGCUGGCGGGCGCCCUUGCCGCGUGCUCGUCCCGGGCUGGCUCCGCGCGGGGCCCGGAGAUCGGCACGCCGACGACCAUGUCGCCGACCUCCACAAGGCUGGCGGAUUGCGUGUCCUUGUCCGACACCAUGUCCCCUGGGCCAGCUGACCGACUUCUGCCGGGCCUCGCGCGCAUGGGCGAGGACCUGGGCAGGAACUCGAUCAACCGCAUCGCCGUGUUGGAGUGCAUCGUGGCGAGGCAACAGGCGCAGCUGGCUUCGCUGAUGCCCCUGCUGCGGGAGCUGCCGGCGGCGCACGCCGCGCUGGGCUCCCGCCAGGACGCCGCGGCAGAGGAGCUGGCGCAGCUGCGGCGGGCCAAGCAAGGCCUCGAGGACCUCGAGGCGCGCCUCGACGGCGAGCUGGGCACGCUGCAGGCCUCGCUGCAGGCGCUCGAGAGCGCCCUCGGGGAGAACGACGGGCGCCUCAACGAGGUCCAGACGGCGGUCCUCGAGUCCCGGGUGGCGGGCGCGGCCGACCUGGACCGCGAGGUGACCGCCCUGGCCGCCAAGGUGGACGUGCUCGCCUCGGCGCUCGGCCGCGAAGGCGCUGAGGCACACGACGACGCCGUGCGCUUUUUCGACGAGGCGAUGGAGAAGGCUGUUUCUGCUGCCGACGGCAAGGUCGCCCACCCGACGUCUCUGGGCGAGAGUUCACCAGGCGGCCAGACUGUUGAUUCAGGAUGGUUCACCUUCCGCGGCGGCAGGCCGGGCGGCGCCGUGCCGCACAGGACCGUGCGGGUGAGAGGCUGCAAAUCCUACGAAGACAAGGGCGUCCAGGUGCCCCGGCGGACCGUGGCAUUGUAGCACCGCGCAUUGCCUUGGCAGCCAGAUGUUGCUGAGCUUGCGUAGGAGAGUAGCGGUCUCGAAACUGAAAUAGAAGUGUUGCGCUCCGCAACUUGAAUGUUUCACAGCCAGUUUCACCACAGAGAAGGAGGAUGCGGCAUUAGGGAGUCCAAAUCAGCAUGUUAGUGUGUUCUUGCUGCCCCCCCACAUCCCCCUUGCCAUCUUCACAGGGGUGAAGUUGACGCGCUCUGAAC